AUGAUGACACAGCUGCCGCUACGGCAUGUGUAUCGACACUUGCUGCGUGCAGCCGCGGCAUCUGUGCGCUUCUCUCGGACGGACGUCAAAAGUAUCCGGCAGAUUCUUCGCGCAGAGCUGGAGCGCAUCCCUACCCAUGCCUCGCCGCAGAGUGUGCAAGUGUUCGCCGAGCAGACCAUGGCAUGGCUUCUCCUUGCCUCGUUACACCGACGGCCUGUACAUGAGCCGCAAUGUCUCGAGGGCUCGCCGUACCGUCCAUCCAGCUCCAGUCCCGCCUCCGCGCUGGCCCAACGGCUUACCAAAAACCUAGCGUCUUUAUCGUACCACCAUCUCUCGCCUCAUACGCAAAUGCAGCCACCCACGCGACGCACUGGCGGCUCAAAGACCGACACGUCCAGCAAGGCGCCCUCAGCGCUGGCCAGUGCCUUGGCGGAGCACGAUGAACUAUGGGGGGGCAGUACAGCCAUGCCAGGCAAGACAACGACGCGAUUGGAUGUACUUACCGUGGCAGCGAAGCCAAUGCGAGGGCCUGUGCAGCAUCGUAUGGCGCUAUGGGAUGGCCAACAUCCCGAAAAGCAUAUACGUGCGGCAGCAGACGAUGUUGUGUCGUCCGCAGCUGAACUCCCCAAACUGCAGCAGAAACUCGAUACCCUGAAAGCACAGUGGGACACUAUGAAAGAGCAGUAUGGACCUACACACCCACGCACCCAAGCCGCGCGUGAUCAGUUUCAGCAGCUGCGUGGCACAGUCAAAGGCAUGAAACGUAUGGAUGCGCAGCGUCAAGCCAAGGAACGUAUCCGGCGCAAUCCGGCACGUCAUUUGACGGACAUUGUGCGCUUAGCAGCAGAGAGUGAAUCGCUCUGGCUUGGCCUGCCACGCUGGGAAGCAUGGGCCCAUGGCGAGUACUUACCACCCUAA